CCGAUCGACGGUCGCGCACUCGGGAAAACUGGCCAGUGUGAGUUGGACGAUGGAACGCGUAACGUCUAAGCUCUGUGACUGAUAGAACGACCCCUUUGGUACUUAGUAGCUCACUCUCUAGAAGCUCCGUCGCUCUUCUAAGUAGGCGCUUAAGUACUCCGAAUAAAGUUCCCAGAAAAAGUGAGCAGGAACUGCUAACGGGAAGCAAGUUAUUUUCAGAUAGUUUCGUGAUUGUGUGUGUGUGUCGGUGGGGGCACGGUGUAUUAUAAUUUAUUCUCAUUUAAACUAAGUGUUUGCUACCGCUUAGGUUUGACGGCUCUCUUAGAGUAGCGUUGUAAAUUAAUUGUGCAAUAGUAGUGAGGCUUUUAGAGUGAUCGAUGACAUCACAAGGAAGGAGAUAGAGGGAAGGAAGCUACCCUAAGAUCAGAAGAGCAUCAGGAUCCAUCUCAUCCGAACGGCAAGAGUAAGCAACAUCUAUUAGCUUAAGUAACAGUUACUAAGUCGAAAAGUCGAAAUCGAAACGUAAUUAGCUACCUGUGUGGAAAUCGAAGUUGACGCCGGCACCGAAGUAAGAAAAAGAGUGAUUACACUGUGAACGUGCGCGGGUUGGUUGAAGAAUACCCGGCUACUUUGAUCAGAUCGUUAGUAACUACGGUUAGUUAAAUUGGAUGGUGCAACUGGAUGAUCACUGACAGUGCUGUGUGUUUGUGUGUGCCUGUGUCUAUGAGUGUAUAUAAGGGAGAAGGUGCGUGAGUGUUUGUGUGUUUAAGUCAACGGCUAGUACGUGUGUCCUUUGAGAAGGAUCUCAACUAGAAGUAGCUGUAGAAGCGAACUCCUGUCAGCAGCAGCGGAUACAUCAACGACAACAGCACCAUGGACAGAUCAAGCUACGGUGGACCCCCGCAGUCGACGAUCGGCAACUCGGCCCGCCGGAUACAGGCACAGCUGCCGGCGGAACCGCCGGCCUGCGUACAGAAUGCGAUGAUGCGGCGGGACAAGCAGCCGUUCACCUACACACCGGGCGGCAUCGAUCUGUCCCAGAUCAAAUCGCCCCGCAUGGCGAAGCGGAUAUCGCGCAACGCCAACUCGGAAGGUGUCACCGGUCAGCCCAAAGUGUCGCCAUUGGCACAGAACAAUGGCUCCAGCUACAGCAGCAAUGGCACUAGCAGCAGCAACGGCAACACCAGCUCCGUCUCACCGGCGGCAACGCUCGGUGCGGCGGCCAUGGGUAUGCCGUUCCAGGUAUUUCCUACAGGACCACCGGCACCACCGCCACCGCCACCGCCAACCGCGGGCCGCGUACUGCCAUCGAACGGUGGCAAUCGAUCGAUCCCGCCACCACCACCGCCGCCCGGUCCGGCCCAGCCCACCGCCAGCAGCUCGGACGCUCGCAAAUCCCCCCGACCACAGAGCUUCGAGCCGCCGCCGAUGGGCAUGCGGCCGGAAAUUAAGAUCCCCCCGAACCCGAUGGCCGCGUUGCGCAAAGCGCCACGACCGCAGCCGAAGAAUGACUUCUGGAUCGAGGAGUACCGGCGGGAGAAGCAGCAGGACGAGCGGCCGCAACAGAUUCCACGGCCCGUUCCGCCCAGCUACAGCUACACCAACCGAGAUCUGGACGACGAAGUUGCUAAAAACACAUUCAAUCGCACCGACGAGCUCACGGUCCGCGGGGACCACCCAUUGGCACAGCACCACCACCGCUCACCCAGCCCAUCCAAUCUAACUGUACCGCACGAGAGCGGGUCGCGCGGCUCAUCGUCGAUCAAAACGCCGCCCGUGUACGGGCAGAGUCCGGUGCCGGCCAACCUUCCACCACCGAUCACCCCGACCAAAGUGUCCGCCCAUCCGCCCGCCACCAAAGACUCGCCACCACCACCACCACCACCCGUUCGCCCCAAACCAUCCCUUUCGCCUGUGUCCACGAGUAAUCAGUACAGUGGCAGUACCACACCAACACCACUACACCAGCCGGGGGGCGGCAGCGCUGGCAAGGAACAGACGGCAGGCGUCAAGGCCGCAGCUGCGCCUCCACCGCCGCCACCACCACCACAUGCAUCAUCCUCAUCAUCGUCACACAAAGACACAGCUCAGUCGUCCGGUGUGUCCCCAUCCGUGUCAUCCGCCUCAUCCCCCGGCUCCCCUAAUCAGUCCCCAUCAUCGGCCAAACCGACUAGCACGCAGCGGCCGGCGGCACAGGCCCUUGGCUCGCUGUACAUACCGCCCAUACACGAGGUAUUUGCCAAUAGUAAGCAAAGUCUCUUAACCCAAGCGAGUCCGCCAUGGAUGUCGUCCCGGCACAAUAGCCUCAAGGAGCAGCCCGAAUGGGUGCACAAGGACGAGCAGGACUCGACCACCAACACGAACGCCACACAGUCACCGGAACAGUCGGUCGAACAGGAGCAGUCAUCGAAACCACCGGCCUCAUCUGCAUCCGGGUCGCCGCGAGCGCCCAGUGUCGCGAAGGAGAGUGUCGCCGCCACUAGUAAACCGGUUGAUUCUAUCGUCACAGCACCGACCGCGGUGUCGGCUAGGCAGGCCGUACCGUCGCAACCGCUCACACCGAACAGCAACCGCUCGGCAGCACCGGCGGCCGAUGUGUCCAACCCGGUCCAGCACCAGCAGACUGGUACGGCGUCGGCGCAGCAGCAGCAGCAGUACGGAAGCCAGCAGCAGCAGCAGCAAGCGGGUCGGGCCACCGGGGGCCUCCCAGCAGCGGGUACCGUGUCCAGCACGGUUACCAUGCCCGUGAACCGUGGCUAUCCACAGCAAGCACCAGUGUACGCGCAGGCACAACCCGUUUACUCCACUCAGUCGCCGGCAGGAACGCAAAAGGAACGUAUCAUACCGAUACAGAUCGAAAAGUCUCCGGUACAGGCGCCCGUCACUGCUCCGACGUUUGCACCGCCGCCCUACUACAGCCCCAGCGCUCAGUACGGUCCGGCCAGCGCGCAGAGCAGCAUGCAGUCCCCGAUCGCGGUCGGAUUUGCGACCCCGCACAGUGGAUUCACAACACCAACCGCCAUGUUUACCAAUCCGAACCAUUUCGUGAACCAAGGCUACAACAACAUCAGCUACCCGCCGACGCCGACCGGGCAGCCUCAUCCGCACUACCAGCACCAUCAGCACUAUGCGCCACCACAAACGCCACCGAUGCAUCAUCCGAUGCAUCCGCAGGCCCAGCAGCAGCGCAUGCAGCAGUCCACACCGACCCAGCAGGGCCAGCAGGUGACAAAUGUGCGCAUCGUACCGAUCAAGGUGGAGAGCGGUAGCGACCAUACCACUGUCCGGGGACCACUGUCUAACACGCCGGCCAUCAUUCAAAGUGGCGAUCGUAGCUACGUCAUUCACGAUAUCCCGCUAGAGGCUAAGCUUCGCUUUCUUAAAAAUAGACUCAGCGAUCCUCGAAGCAGCAGCAACGCUCAGUCAUGGAAUGGCAACAAUGCACCGAACCAGUCGCGUUCGUUCCGGGUGCUGCAGCAAAUCACGGACACGCUGGACGAAGCCGAGGCCGAAAAGAAUGCCAAGGAACAGUCUAAUAAUCAGAGCGAUCAAGCCGACGGUGCCAAGCAGCAGUACAGUCGCUCGACCGCUCAACAGCAAGAUGCAGCCGAAGGACAGCUGCGUCGAUUACAGCUCAGCUACGAAGAUAAAGCGUUGAUGAAUAGAGUAAAAAAUCAAGUCGACGGAGAGGUGUAUCUCCAUAACGAAGAAGAUCCACGCUAUCGCGGUGCCGCCAUACCGUCCAAAGCGUUCAGGUAUCUGCAGAACAUGACCGACAGUGGUCAGGCUGCGAACCAAAGCAACAACGGCUCUGGAAAUCGUGCGCAACAGAUGUUCAACAAAGCAAACUAUAGCGAUUCAGAUGGAGAUACGCAACAAUCGCAGCAGUACGUGCCGCCGAGCGAACAGAAGGUGGAGGAACCAAAGAAGUACACCGGCGGUUCCAUCCCGAGCCGCUCGUUCAAGAUGCUCCAGGCAAUGACGGACGCACCAGCCGAUCCAAAUUCCUCCGACAGUGAGGGCUGCCCUAGUGUAAAGCUGCCGCACGGCAGUGGCACAGACAUUCGAUACUCUCCCUAUCCCUAUCCUCCGCAACCCUACUACUGCUGUCCUAAUCCCAAUUGGCAUUACUACGAUCCCACCACUAACCCCCAGUACUAUCCCCCGCAUCAUCCACCACCACAUCCACCCCCGCAUGCCCCCGGGUACUACUACCCCCCUUUACCACCGCCCCCGCCCGGUCAUUACGAUCGGGGCGGCGGCUUUUACGGUGGAUACAUGUCACCGCACCACUUUUACUACGCACCGGAGCCCUGUUCUCCGUGCACACCGCCCCCGUACUAUCAGCUUGGCCAGCCGCAGACCGCGUACUGUGAGCCACUGCCAAGCGAGGCGAUCCACACGUACGUGAUCACGACGCCACCGCCGCGUAUCGUUGUCACGCCAACGCCGGACGACUCCUGUUCGGACAGCGAGCUCCAGGCGAUCAAGGAGCAGCUGGGCGAGCUGCGCGAUGUACCGAGCGAGUUCGGCGAAGUCGAACCGGCCGAUUACGGUGGCCCCAUUUCGUUGGUUCGCUCGCAGUCCAGCCUGAAGCGGCUGUCGGAGCGGUUGAACAAUUUUAACAACGGCGACGGCCAGGACGGUGGCUCCGCGAAAUCUUCUGUGCGCUGUUCGCCCUGUAGCCCGUUGAAUGAGCGGUACCGUACGUACGAGGAGAGCACCUCCUCGGUGCCUUCGUCUCAGUCUGAGGCUUCAGACUCGGAGGACGAAGGUGCGCCGCGGUCGAAGACGGUGGGCUCAAGGACGCCAGUGCACGGUAGUGGCCGUGUGAAGGACGUGAAGGAGUCAGUUCGCGGGGAGAAAACACCCGAAAAGAAGGGACAGGAAGAGAAGGAAGAAGAGAAAGAGGAGGAUGAUGAAGAAGAGGAAGAUGAUGAGGAGGAUGAAGAAGAAAGUGAAGACGAAGAAACGGUUGGGUACGAGCGGCAGAACGGUGAUCCACAACCGGUCGAGGAACACUUGCCACAUCAGCUGAGCGUGAUCUUCGAGGAGGAAAGUGUAUACGGUCAGUCAACGGUAGCGAGCCGCCGAACGAGCGUUUGUAGCAACAGCUCCACUCUCAGUGAUUGUUCCUCCACACUGGCUAACGAGUUGGAUGAUGAUAGGGACGAAAACGGACAGCCGAGUGGUAAUCGUACGGACGACGAUAUUGAUCGGCUCGACGACACGGACAUGGUGGACAAGUCGCUAGUUUCAGUACGUCUACCGCUGAAGCUGUCAUUUAGCAAGUCACCCAACAAUGAGGAUAUUGCAACGCUAGUCGUUGGGGAAAGCGAAAUUACCGACACGAAGGAGAAACUUGGAGGAAGUAAACGAUCGGAACAAGCGCAGGAGGAAGAUAGUGGCGAAGAGAGCGAUACGGAGGAGGAGGAAGACUCCGAAGAAGAGAGUGAAGAAAGCUCGGAAGAAGAAACGGAAACGGAUGGCGAAGAGAAGGCAAACGAUGAGAAGAAGGAAAUUCAGGUUAGUGCAUCAACUGAGGAGCAGUCGAAUGAGGCAGAUACCGAUGUGACCGUAACCAUAACGAUACCGUCACUUUCGAGCAAGGGGAAAUUAAACGAGCGAGACAGCUCGAGUCGUCCAGAUGCGGCAAAGGAUCAGGUGCCCGUGAAAACGCCAUUUAAAAUUGAUUAUGAAGAAGAUUCUGAGGUGUCAGUGUCAGUCUCGUUACCACUAAAACCUAAGGGUAGCUCAUCGAGCGAUAUUGCGAAACAAUCUGAACAGGAAUCGUCAGUGAAAGAGGAGACGGAAACAGCUGACGCUGCUGAAGAAGAGGAAGAAGUAGACUUUUGGAGUCAGAUUGGAGAUGAAGAUGACUAUCAGCGACCGGUACGAUCGUACUCGAGAGAUAUGUGGAGUAGUCGCGAGUUUAGCGUCGAUCGGCAGAGUGUCUGGAGCCAAGAUGCAGAAGAGGAUGGUGAAGGGGCAAGCACUGACUUCUGGAGUGCUGAGAACGGCCCGACUGAGGCAUCGGAUAUGUGGAACUUUGGAAAACGUGAACCGUCACUGCCGUCAGCAGUGCAAGAGAACAGCGGUGAUGUUGGUAAGGUUGAGAAGGAGGAAGAUAAUAGUAAGGACUCGCUGGACUACUGGCAGAAGGAGAACGAACGACUGGUUAAAGAUCUGUACGAACGUCGAGCGAGUGAGGUAGUGGUAGGUAGUGAACGAGGAGUUGCAUCCAGCGGCGGUAUUGCAAAGGAUGAGAAUAAUAAUAAGGCGUGCGUGGCACAACAGAACAACAAAACGGCGCAAAGCGAUCGUAAGACUGAAGAUCACAGUGCGGAAGAAGAGGAUGGUUCCGAUUCCGAGAGUGAUAAUGAUAGUGAAGAGUACGAAACGUCCAACACAUCGAAGGAAGACUCGGAAGCGGAGCAAGAUGUUGGGGAAGCUGUGCCAAAACAGGGCGAAGCUACAAAGCAGCUCAAAGAGGAAGUGACACAGGGUAUGGGCGGUAGCACUGCUACCGUCAGCAAUGAUGCCACAAAGGAUGAUACGUCGGCAGGUAUGAUCGACAAGAUGGAACGGGACAAGAAGCUGUCUGUGAAGGAGCGGAUAUCACUGUUCGAGACGCAGGCAGUGCCCUCGCUGGAGGUCGUAACGCCGAACGGGCGCGGUACAGCUAGCACUCCGACGAUCGGUAGCCGACUGCGACCACUGUCCCGACAGCGGCAGUUCUGCGAAGAGUCCGAAGCGGAGGACGACUCCGGCGUAACGUCGGACAUGAGCAAACACAUCUCGGAGGUGGAGACAGACUCCGAGUGCUUCCCGGAGAUGCGCAAGAUGACACGGUAUCAACGUGCGGCCACACAUUCCAGGUUAUUUAAGCUUUUGCAGGACGAAAGUAACAACGGUGAUAGCGACGAAGAGGAGGAGGAAGAGCAGGAGCAGGAGAAGGAAACUUGUAAAGAUAAGGGCAAUAAGCGGGAGCAGAAGCAUGGCAAGCACGCAACGGACGUGGCGCCUACGCACGAACCCACCGGUCCUAAGCCGGUCCAAUCCGUCACGAAUGGUCGUAAGGUAGCGUCGGAAGAGAACGGCAGCAUUCAGAACGGCAUCGCAGUGGAAGGAAGGCGCGAUCGCCUAACGCUCCCGAUCAGCCACCAAUCCUCGUCCGGCAACGAUAGCCUGUCCUCGUCUACCUCGUCGGCGUCUCCUGUAUCAGGAACGCUGCACAACGAAAAGCUUGCCGAAGAGCUAGUACAAAGUUUGCUGAUGAAGAAGAAGGGACGCUUGUUCCGCAAUCUGCCGCUGGAAAAGCUGCACGCCGCUGCCCUGAAGAUACUGCAGGAGGAUCUGGAAUCGAACGGUACGAUCAGCUCGACCGAGGACAACAUGGUGACGGUCGACUCGACGCCCGCAUUAACGCCGCAGGAGUUCAAGAGCGAGUACCCGACCUCGUACGCCGACUACUACGACACGUGGUGCAGUGAUUCGAUGCAGCCGAACGGGUGCCACUCGGACACUGGGUCCGACUGCGGGAUGGUGAAGAUGUUCCGCACCGUGCCGGAGCAUCAGCUGGCACUUGGCAAGAAGGAUUCGCGCAUGGGCAGCAAUGGGCAUUGGUCGCCGCGUUGUCCACGGGUAUUUAGCAACAAGAGCGUACCACGCCUGAUGGGUGUGCGGGAGGGUGCGGAGCUGGUGGAACAGUCGCGCGGCUCUCGGCCACCGUCCCGCGCGUCCAGCAAUCGCUCGCCGUUCACCGUAAUGAUGCCGGGCGCUGGCCAACCGUAUGGAACCGCAAGUCCGAUGGACGAGUGUCCUAGUCGAAGUGCUGCCAACCGACAGUUUAAACUGCAAUAGUUAUUGUAGAGUGUAUUGUGGAGUCGCCGCUAACACUGCCAACUACUGACAAUAAUUGCCGCCCACUGCCCCGCACAAACGGUGCCUACUGCGAUCGAAACGAUGGUGUGUGAUGAGCGAAACGAAACGGAAUGUGAACUGAAUUGGAAUCCGAGCUGAACCGGGCACUUAGUGUACUGUUUCGACGUCUAGUGUCUGCUGACGGACCGUACUGGAGGACGCAUUUAGUAGCGGCCACGCACUUGGUGUACAUAUGUUUCUAUGUGUAUAUAUAUAGGAGUAUAUCUAUGAGAUGAAAUGCUACUCUCGCGCAGGGGUUGCCUCGUAGAAACAGGCACACAAAACACACGCACACACCACUCACCAGAAUUAGGACGUGGUAGCUGACAUUGGUCGCCUACUGCAGCUCUUACAGUCUCAUAUCCCGUCACUCUCCUGCCAUCAUAAUUAGACGAUCCCUCGAACCUUCCUUCCCUAUUUAACGCCACUCUCCCAAUCCAGGCAUGUGUACCCUGUUGCUCUAUGUUUGUGCUAGUAGGUCUCAUGUUUGCCCCAUUUCUGGACGCGUUCGCCACGACCAUUGGCUUCAUUGGCUACGACCGCGCGGAAGCAGAACGCCCAUUUGAAAAGAAAAAAAAACAUACAAACCAAUCUGUUGUUCAUCCCGCUCAGUACCAAGUACCAUCUGCUGCUCCACAUCGCCCCCAAAAAAAAACAAGAAA